AUGGUCUCACUCGCCACGCGCUUGGAACAAGAGUCAACUACAGCCAUAUGGGAACAUCCACACGACGAUUUCAUGGUUCUGCUGUACUCCUGCCAGGCUCCAUCCUGGAAAGAUUUUGGUACGAAACCUACUCGUGACUCUUCACCAAGAUUACACAUGGCCAUAAGACCCAAGUUCAAAGGCCCUGGACUGGACUUAUUGGCAGCUACAGUGCAAGGUGUUGCUCGACCGAGCGAGCAGACUCCUGUCAUUGACCAAAGAAUGCCUGAAGCUAUGGCGCAGCUGAAGGAUAAGCAUCCAGAUCAAACAAGGCGACACAAUAGUAUUGCUGCAGACCAUCCCUCUCCACUUCAGCCAAUGAUUAUGGAAUUUCCAGCAAUAGCGUCCAGCUCACCGAAAAGUCUAUCCGCAGAGGCCAAAACAGCGAUGGAUGGUGCUAUGGAUAUUGAACCUCCUUUGAGAUUUGCCCCAGUCGUCAACCAACAAGCAGAAGUUGGACAAGAAACAGAGCACACUGAUGUCUCUGAGGCUGAAUUUGCCGGGUUCAACGCCAAUAUCAAGGAGCUCAGCUACCUCAAGCCCGGCAAGGACAAGAUCGAUCGAAGUAAAAGGAUCACGUACAACAGAUUCGAAAUUGGCUGA